GAUUGAGACCAAGAUCUGAUUAUAAAGUUCCAUUUCCAAUCCUAGAUAUCAUUAGUCAAUGCUUGGAUGCAGAUCCUUCAAAACGUCCUACAGCAGAAGAGCUAUAUAAAAUGUUAUACGAAUUAAGAUGCGAUACUAUUAAUAGCGGAUCGAUCAUUUAUAAUCAAAUUAAUGACGUAGAAGUCUUUAAUAAGGCACUAUUUUCUUCAAAGCCUACUGAUCCCCUUUCAUAUAAAGUACAUCCUCAGGCAAUAUACACGAGUAGGCUAUUGGAUUUUGAAAAUCUUCCUGAACCAAAAAAUGCGGACGGUUCAUUUGACAAAGAAUAUCCUAGUAAGUAA